AUGGUCUACGAGCUGGAUGCGGAGGUCUCGUGCAGGGGAAUGAGCGGGGCUCCGGCGACGUCGUCGAGGUCGCCGCCGCGAGGCGCCGUCCCGAGGGCCAGCAGCGCGGUGAAGGUCCUCGACUGCGGGCCGUGCCAGCCCCGGGACGCCGCGCCAGCGCCGACCUGCCCCCGUUACGGCAGGAGCCCGAGCUGCAAGGCGCACAGCCGCCCCGGAGCAGCGCCCGAGGGCCCCGCCGCGGACGGCGCACGCCCGCCGCUGCGGUGCCGGGCGGCGCCCAGCUGGUGCGCCAAGGAGGCCAAGGUGGAGCACCAGCAGAGCGCAGGCAUCCUCGCCGCUGGGCUCGAGGAGCUCUCCAGCGGCGGCGGCGGCCCCGGGCGACCCCACGGCUCGAGAGGAGGCAGCCGGCCGCCCUCGGGCGCCGCGGCCCGCCACCGCCGGCCCGCCGCCGCGGUGGACAGCCGGUGCUCGACCGAGGACCGGGGGCCGCCAGGCCCCCAGGAGGAGGACGGCCGCGACCUGUCCAGGGACCUGAGCCCCGCGCAGGCCAUCGAGGCGCAGCUCGGGCCGCUGGCCGUGGCCCUGGAGGCCGUGAGCCCGCGGGGAGGCCGCGCGCUUGCGCACGCGCCCGGCGCCGAGGGCGGCCUCGGUGGCAAGGAUAUCUUCGAACAGAAGAUCCAGGGUACGCGCGGGCAGAAGUUCCUCUUGGGGAAGUUCAAGAAAGCUGUCCAAAAGACCUCGAGCCUUCAGCAGACCUACAUCUACAUCUACACCUACAGCUACAUCUACAUCAGCACCUGCAUCUACAUCUACAUCUACAUCAACAGCGAGACUCACAUCGACAUCUACAUCUACAUCUACAUCUACAUCUACAUCUACAUCUACAUCAACAUCUACAUCUACAUCUACAUAUACAUCUACAUCUACAUCUACAUCUACAUCUACAUCUACAUCUACAUCUACAUCUACAUCUACAUCUACAUCUACAUCUACAUCUACAUCUACAUCUACAUCUACAUCUACAUCUACAUCUACAUCUACAUCUACAUCUACAUCUACAUCUACAUCUACAUCUACAUCUACAUCUACAUCUACAUCUACAUCUACAUCUACAUCUACAUCUACAUCUACAUCUACAUCUACAUCUACAUCUACAUCUACAUCUACAUCUACAUCUACAUCUACAUCUACAUCUACAUCUACAUCUACAUCUACAUCUACAUCUACAUCUACAUCUACAUCUACAUCUACAUCUACAUCUACAUCUACAUCUACAUCUACAUCUACAUCUACAUCUACAUCUACAUCUACAUCUACAUCUACAUCUACAUCUACAUCUACAUCUACAUCUACAUCUACAUCUACAUCUACACCUACACCUACACCUACACCUACACCUACACCUACACCUACACCUCUACACCUACACCUACACCUACACCUACACCUACACGUACACCUCUACACCUCUACAUUACCUACACCUACACCUACACCUACAUCUACAUCUACAUCUACAUCUACAUCUACAUCUACAUCUACAUCUACAUCUACAUCUACAUCUACAUCUACAUCUACAUCUACAUCUACAUCUACAUCUACAUCUACAUCUACAUCUACAUCUACAUCUACAUCUACAUCUACCUCUACAUCUACAUCUACAUCUACAUCUACAUCUACAUCUACAUCUACAUCUACAUCUACAUCUACAUCUACAUCUACAUCUACAUCUACAUCUACAUCUACGUCUACGUCUACACCUACACCUACACCUACAUCUACAUCUACACCUACACCUACACCUACACCUACACCUACACCUACACCUACAUCUACAUCUACAUCUACAUCUACAUCUACAUCUACAUCUACAUCUACAUCUACAUCUACAUCUACAUCUACAUCUACAUCUACAUCUACAUCUACAUAUACAUCUACAUCUACAUCUACAUCUACAUAUGCAUCUACAUCUACACCUGCAUCCAUAUCUACACCUACACCUACAUCUACAUCUACAUCUACACUUUCUCACUUGUUUUACUUUUGGGCCAGGGAAGGGCACCUGCGGAGGUGCUCCUGCGCGGCGCCGUGCGGGAGCUACCGACGCGCCUCCUCCAGGCGGUGCUGUGGUGUCCCAGGCUGAUCUUGUUCUACGUGAUCGCGGAGAUGGUGGAUCACGGCUACAUUAUGGUGCUCAGACGCUCAGACUACAAGCUGGCUGUGGGCUGGCAAAUGGAGUCGUAG